AUGCGUCUUGCCCACCUCCACCUCCCAGGCAUAACCUCCUUCACGCGCGUGUCGGCCCUCCAACAAACCCUCACGAGCCGACUCCUCGCCCACAAAAAGACCCUCCACCCGACCUCCCCGCCCCCGGAUCCCACCAUCAUCACCUUCACGCCCAACCCAGUCUACACGACCGGUCGACGCGACUUACCUCCCUCAAACACCUGCCCGUCAUCAUCCUCGCUCUCCCUCCCCCCGUCUCUCGAACCAAUUCGAUCCCUCCUGACCGCGCCGGGAACGGCCUCCAACAGCCCGGAAAAGAAAGCAGAAUACCACCCAACCCUCCGCGGCGGACAAACAACCUACCACGGACCCGGGCAAAUGGUCGCAUACACAGUGCUAGAUCUCCGACGGCUAGGACUCACACCGCGCUGCCACAUCCGACUCCUCGAGAACAGCGUGAUCGACGUCCUGCGCGGCUACGGCAUCACGGGCCAAGUGACGGAGGAUCCGGGGGUGUGGGUAUCUACUAGGGCAGGGACGGAGCCGGCGAAGAAGAUCACGGCGGUGGGGGUGCAUCUGCGUCGGAAUAUCAGCUCGUUUGGGAUCGGGUUCAACGUGACGGAGGAGCCGAUGUGGUAUUUUCAGCAGAUCGUGCCGUGCGGGUUGGAAGGGAGGGAGGCGACCAGUUUGCAGGGUUUGGGGGUGAAGGGCGUCGGGGUGGGGGAGGUGGCGGGGGGGUUUGUGGAGGCGUUUGUGAGGAGGUUGAAUGCGGAUUUUGCCUGCGGGGGAAGUGCGACGGGGGAGAAGGUGGAUGAGGUGUAUACGGUUGGGGAGGAGGUGCUGAGGGAGAGUGAGUGA